AUGUCUAGAAAAUCCUCUUCCCUGCCUCCAGGCUACUCCAUAGAUGCCUCUGCGCCUCCUAUGCUACGAUACCAAGCCUCCCUCCCCCGUCUCCCCGUGCCCACCCUCGAAUCCACAUGCGCCAAAUACCUCGAAACCGCACAACCCCUGCUCACACAGGAAGAAUUCUCCAAAACCAAAUCCGCCGUCUCCACCUUCCUCUCCUCCCCGCUCGCCGCCGAGCUCCAAAAGCGAUUGAAGGACCGCGCAGCGGCGCCCGAGACGCUUAGCUGGCUCAGCGAGUGGUGGAACGAGGCGGCGUAUAUGGGGUACCGCGACCCUGUCGUCGUGUUUGUCAGCUACUUCUUCGUGCAUCUUGACGAUCGUACGAGACGGGACCCUGCAAAGCGCGCGGCGAGCUUGAUCAAAGCGAUGCUCCCGUUCCGCGAACUCGUCGAGAGUGGCCGGCUGGAACCUGAAAAAGUGCGGGGUGCGCCCCUGUGCAUGGCCUCGUACAAAUGGCUGUUCCACUCCUCCAGAUACCCCGUCAAGCCAUCCGACACCGCCGCCAAAUUCGACGCAAAGUCUAACAACCACAUCAUCGUUCUUCGGAAGAACCGCUUCUUCCUCGUCCCGCUCACCAACACCUCCGGCGCGGAGCUCUCCGCUGCUGAGCUCGAGGCGCAGCUGAACAAUAUCAUCGCACGGGCAGGGGAGACGCCGUACGCGUACCCCGUCGGCGCGCUGACCGCUGACAACCGCGACCUCUGGGCCGACGCGCGUCAAGCGCUGCUUGCGGCAUCGCCCUCGGGAAGGAACGCGGAGCUGCUGAGGAAGAUCGAGGGCGCGAUGAUUGUGCUUGCGCUGGACGACAGCAAGCCCAUCACGCGCGAAGACAUCAGCUGGGGCACCUGGGUGGGCGACGGGAGGAAUCGGUGGUAUGAUAAGCAUCAGCUUGUGGUGUAUGAGAAUGGGCGCUCGGGGUUCCUUGGUGAGCACUCGUGUAUGGAUGGGACGCCGACGUUGAGGAUGAAUGAGUUUGUGCUUGCGGCGCUUGCGCAGGGGAAGGUGGAUUUGGGUCCGGAGGGGGUGGAUGGGGAGAAGUUGCCCGUGGUGGAGGAGUUGGUGUUUGAGUUGGAUGAGAAGGUUAAGGGUCUGGUGCAAGGCGCGGAAAAGAGGUUUGAUGAGCUUGUUGGGAAGCAUGAUCUGCAGGUGUUGCACUACGAAGGCUUUGGCAAGAACUUUACCAAGCACCAUAAAACGUCACCAGACGCGACCGCGCAGCUCAUCAAGCAGCUCGCGUUCCAUAAGAUGAACGGUCGGCCGGGUGUGACGUACGAGAGCGCACAGACGCGCAAGUACCAGCUCGGGCGCACGGAGGUUAUCCGCAGCGCGAGUAAUGAGAGUAAAGCGUGGGCUGAGGCUAUGCUGGAUCCUAAAAUCACCGACCCGGUUUACCUGAAAUCUCUGUUCACGCGCGCGGCGGCGCGACAUAUCCAAUACGCCUCGUGGGCCGCUGACGGCGCCGGCGUCGACCGGCACCUCUUCGGGCUCAAAAAGCUACUCCAACCCACCGAGCCCGUGCCAGCACUAUACACCGACGGCGCAUUCAGCAAAUCAAACCACUGGGAACUGAGCACGAGCCAGCUGAGCAGUCCCUACUUCAGCGGGUGGGGGUACGGCGAGGUGGUGGAGGAUGGGUAUGGAGUUGCGUAUGCUAUUGGGGAUGAUUAUGUUAGGUGGACGAUUACGAAUUUGAGGGGGGGAUAUUCGAGGUUUGGGGAGAGGGUUGAUGGGAGGGUGUUGAAGCAUUAUUUGGCGGAGGCGGCGACGGAGGUGAAGGAUAUGCUUGAGGCGGCGGCGAAGAAGGAGAAGGAGAAGGAGGUGGAGAAGGCGAAGCUUUGA